CACGCGCAUGCGCCCUGCUCCUUCCCGACCGCCUGUCGCCAGGCGCUGCGGCAGCGGGAGCGCGGCCGCCGGUGCGGAGCCCCGGGUCGGGCGGGCCGAGGAGCUGCCGCCAUGGUGUUUUACUUCACCUCCACCGUUGUUCCUUCCGUUUACACCAUUUACAUGGGAAAAGAUAAGUACGAAAAUGAAGACCUAAUAAAGUAUGGCUGGCCUGAAGAUAUCUGGUUUCAUGUGGAUAAGCUCUCUUCUGCACAUGUGUACCUUCGGUUGCACAAGGGGCAGACGGUGGACGACAUUCCUAAAGAAGUUUUGAUAGACUGUGCCCAUCUAGUGAAGGCAAAUAGCAUUCAAGGUUGCAAGAUGAACAACGUCAACGUGGUGUACACGCCGUGGACGAACCUGAAGAAGACUGCCGACAUGGACGUGGGGCAGAUCGGCUUUCACAGGCAGAAGGAUGUGAAAAUGCUGACAGUGGAGAAGAAGGUGAACGAGAUCCUGAACCGGCUAGAGAAGACAAAAGUGGAGCGCUUCCCAGACCUGGCUGCUGAGAAGGAAGCCCGGGACAGAGAGGAGAGAAAUGAGAAAAAAGCCCAGAUCCAAGAGAUGAAGCGGAAGGAAAAAGAAGAGAUGAAGAAGAAGAAAGAGCUGGAAGAACUUCGGAGCUACUCGUCGUUAAUGAAGGCUGAGAACAUGUCCUCCAAUCAGGAUGGCAACGAUUCAGAUGACUUUAUGUAAAUAAAGUCUCUCCUCUCGAUCAUGAGGUGGUUUGGGAUGUCUUAAUGUGUCACCAUCGCUAAGAAUGCCAAAAAAAAAACAAAAACAAAAACCCAAAAACGCCCCAGAAAGCGAACUCUGACUCCCAUUUCUUCAGAACCUGGUUGGUUCUCUCAGCAGCCUGACCAGCGCUGUGCCACGGACAACUUCUGGAGGGAGAAGAUCUAUAUGUCUGCACGUACAUCUCUUUUUUUUUUUUUUUUUUUUUCGGGGACGUGGGCGGAAGGAAGCAGAAUUGACUUUCAGUUCUAUAAAGACAAUGCUAUUUAUUCUAGGGAAGGGCUUGGUGUAGCUUUUUUAACCCGCCGAGAUUUAAAGAAAAGAACCCAAAUCGUGCCCUGGCAGCGGGAGGGGGUUUGCCGUUAACUCGGCGCCUACACAAACCGCGACGCUGCCCACGGCAGGACUCCGUGCUGGCGGCGGUUGGCAAAGCUGGGAGGGGGAUCCCUCUGCUGGUUUUUUUUUUGGGGAGGGGUGCUCUGUAAAUUUGGCCAACCUCCCCAGCCCUCGCUGGCAGUAAAUCUGGCGGCUCCUCGUUAAACACAGAGCCACGGAUGAUGAAGACUGAGCUGGGCUUUUGCAGCCUGCGUGACCGCGGGCUGCAAUAUGUGCCUUUUAGCACAGAGUGAGAAUAACCCCACGGUUUAUUUUCUUUUUAAAUUGCAUUCGAUUCCCGGGCUCUUCCUUGCAAACCUUCUCCGGAGAGAGAAGUUUGGGAAGAAGAGUUGAAUUUUGCGCAGCCUGGCCAGGCCAGAGCUUUUUCCUGAGAGUUCUGUAAGGUUUCAGGGAUGAGUCUGUGCGAAACGGUCGCGAUAAUCCUUGCAGCACCUGUAUAUACGUCACGAUUAAAUUCAUACCGUGCUGGUAAAA